UAAAACUCACCUUUUAUUUAUUGUAUUUAUUUAUUUAGUCAUUUAGCAGACGCUUUAUCCAAAGCGACUUACAAAUUCACCUUGAACCGACCAGUCAACACCUUCGGACCAAAGCAGUAAAAGUCGUCUUUAUGGAGUUUCAAAAUGACAUUUUCUAAACUGCUGAACGAGAGCAAGGAUGAAUUCCCCUCGGACUUUCUCUCCAACAUCAGCAACACCACCUGUGAGAGCAUCACCCUCGAUUCUCAAGUCAUCGGUGUCGGAAUCUUUCUGGCCGUUUUCAUUUUGGUGGCGAUCGUCGGAAACAUUUUGGUUAUUCUCUCGGUGCUGUGCAACAAACAUUUGCAAACGGUCACCAACUUCUUCAUUGUGAACCUGGCCAUCGCGGACCUUCUGCUUAGUAUCAUCGUCCUGCCGUUUUCCGCGUCUCUGGAGGUGUUGGGAUGCUGGGUGUUCGGUCGGGUCUUCUGCAACAUCUGGGCAGCGGUGGAUGUGCUCUGUUGCACGGCGUCUAUUUUAAGUUUGUGCAUUAUAUCUAUAGACAGGUACAUCGGAGUUAAACACUGUCUGAAAUACCCCACUAUCAUGACUGAACGGAAAGCAGGUGUCAUACUCGUAUUGCUCUGGGUUUCUUCAAUGGUGAUUUCAAUCGGACCGCUUUUGGGGUGGAAAGAGCCCCCACCUUCUGAUGAGAGCAUCUGCAGCAUCACGGAGGAACCGGGUUAUGCUCUGUUCUCCUCUUUAUUCUCCUUCUACCUCCCGCUCAUGGUGAUUUUAGUCAUGUACACGAGAGUAUACAUCGUGGCCCGCAGGACUACAAAAAGUUUGGAAGCGGGUGUGAAACGGGAGAGAGAUAAAUCAAUGGAAGUGGUGCUGAGGAUACAUUGCAGGAGCAUACCGGAGACCAAAAAUCACCCGUUCCGAAGUUCACUGUCCGUGAGACUCAUGAAGUUCUCUAGGGAGAAGAAAGCUGCUAAAACCCUCGCCAUCGUCGUGGGGAUGUUCAUUCUUUGCUGGCUGCCGUUUUUCUUCGUUUUGCCUUUGGGCUCUUUUUUCCCAGCUCUGAAGCCCUCUGAGAUGGUGUUCAAAGUAAUCUUCUGGUUGGGCUACUUCAACAGUUGCAUUAACCCCAUAAUUUACGCCUGCUCGAGCAAGGAAUUCCAGCGUGCCUUCACCCGUUUGGUGCGCUGCCAGUGUCAGCGCCGCCGCCGCAUCCUGCGUCGGUUCUACGACCAGCGCUGGAGAACAGCCAUGCGAGGAGCCCGGAGGGGCCCACACAGAGACUACUGCUCUGGAUUUCCCUUUCACGAGGAGUGCGGUAACUCUAUCUAUUCCUGCCAGAGCAAGAGCCGGCCUCUUAGUCUGAAGAGCUGGAGCUUCUUCCCCCCUUUACAGAACUCUUCCUUCCAGCUGAAGGAGAAAAUGAACAAUCUUUCCAAUAAGAUUAAGAACGGGACGGGGAAGAGUAGCACGUCUGCUCUGGCCCGGACAGAGAUUGACACGGUCUCCAUGGGGAUCUAUAAUGACUGCGUCGAUCAGAGCGGCUACCAGAUCUACGACCUCACAGAGUGCUACGGCCUGAAGGAAACAGACAUCUAAACAAAGACGGAGAUUACUGACUGUUCUCUCUUAGAGCUCUGACCCAUUGCCAGUUCUUAAAAAUUGUUUGAUUUUAUUCCUCAAAGACUAGUAUUCUUGUUAUGUCUUAAAGUGCUAGUUUCAACACAGUUGAGAAGCAAAUAUGAGGAAAAAUGUCAAGGACAAUGUGUGUUAAAGGAGAUUAAUGUAUUUUUACAUGGAUAAUUUAAACAUAUUUCUUUAAAAGUGGGAAAAGUACACUGAAUGGAAAAAUUAUGAGGGAAAAGAUAUUUAUCUGCACUGGAUCAGAACGAAAAGACUCAUAGCUGCUGGGUAUCUGUAUACCGUGCUGUCCAUGUGACCUUUGAGAAAUUAUCUGUCUGAUGUUUCAAACUCCAUCAACCGUUUCAGCUGUAUUCACAAAGAGAGAUUGUUACAAUUUCUUUGACUUGUUGUCCAUUAAGUGUGAAUGGAAAACAUAUUUGACCGAUAUACUCGAGAGAGACUGGUGAAUCCAUGACUGUGAUUUGCAGGUUGCUGUGUAAUUCACUUUUAAAUGAUUCAAAAUUGAUUCAGAGGUACAUACCUUUAAAUGUGAGGCACAGUUUAUAACCUAAACAGAUUUUGUGCAGAUGUUUUCAGUAUUACAGAGGGUAGUUCAAUACUGUGCUAUUCAUGUGCUAUUCAUGCUAUUCUCAUUUCAACCAUGAGAUUUAAGUCAUCCCUAAAAGGACCAACAGUGAAAAAAAAAAUCAAAAUUGAUGGACUCCAACUCAGCUUUUGUGUUGUUGAGAAAAGCUUUGGAUUUCUUUGUAAUGCUGGUGUGAUAAUGUCUUUCAGUGUCAACUAUUAAACAUAAUAAAUCUUAA